GGAGGCUCGAUGAACAGGGGGAGGGGUUAAAGCUUUCACAUGUCUUUAUAAACCAGUCUCUCUGAGGAUUCUUAGAAAACUGCCUAGCUCUGGCAUCCUGAAAGCAAAAUGGAGUACGAUUACGGUAAAAACAAAGAAGAGAGUCCUGAGCCAGCCGAAGCAGAUAUCGCUGGAACGCUUCCAGAUUGGCUUCAAGGCACUUUGGUGCGUACUGGUCCAGGUAUAUUCUCUGUGGGUGAGACCUCCUACAACCACUGGUUUGAUGGAAUGGCUUUAAUGCACAGCUUUACAAUUAAAGAUGGUGGAGUGAGCUACAAAAGCAGGUAUCUCCAAGGAGACACAUACAAAGCCAACAUGGAGGCUAAGAGAAUCGUUGUCUCUGAGAUGGGAACAAUGGCCUACCCAGACCCUAGAAAAAACAUCUUCUCCAAGGUCAUUACCUUCCUCAACCACGCUGUUCCAGACUUCACAGAUAACUGUGGAAAUAACAUUAUACGAUAUGGAAAUGACUUUUAUGCCACUUCUGAAACCAACUACAUUCGAAAGAUUGAUCCAGUGACCCUGGAAACUCUGGGCAAGGUGGACUACCUCAAAUACCUUCCUUUGAACCUAGUGACAUCACAUCCACAUUAUGAUAAAGAGGGAAAUACCUACAACAUGGGCACCUCAAUUGCAGACAAGGCCAAGUCCAAGUACAUAAUAUUCAAGGUUCCAGCAGCGACUAAAGAAGAGGAUGCCGCUCCUGCCCUGAAAAACCUGGAAGUCAUCUGUUCAAUACCCUGCCGUUCCCUUCUCACCCCCAGCUACUAUCACAGUUUUGCCAUGACUGACAACUACUUCAUCUUCAUAGAGCAGCCCUUCAAACUUGACAUCCUUAAGAUGGCUACAGCUUACAUGAGAGGAGUUAACUGGGCUAGCUGCAUGAAAUUUCAUCCGGAGGAAAAUACUCUAAUUCAUCUUAUUGACAGAAGGACGAAAAAAGAGGUGGUGACUAAAUACUACACUGAUUCUAUGGUUGUCUACCAUCACGUGAAUGCCUUUGAGGAGGACGACCAUGUGGUGUUUGAUGUGAUUGCAUAUGACGAUGACAGUUUGUAUGACAUGUUCUACCUUGACAAGUUGAACAAAAAAAAUGGGAACCUAGGGUCAUCAAACAAAGCCUACAGCUCACCAAAAUGCAAGAGGUUUGCUCUUCCACUCACGGACAAGGGGUCUGAAGUAGGAGCGGAUUUAGUGAAGCUCAAGUACACUACAGCCAGUGCUGUGAAAGAGAAAGAUGGGAAGGUGCUCUGCCAGCCAGAGGUUCUAUGUGGAGAUGUAGAAGUACCCAGGAUCAACUAUGAUUACAAUGGCAAGAAGCACAGAUUUGUGUACAUGACAAAGGUGGGGAUGUCAGCUGUUGCCACAAAGAUUAUCAAGCUUGAUGUUGAGACAAAGAAAAAGCAAGAGUGGACUGCAGAAAACUGCUGGCCAUCUGAGGCUGUUUUCAUUUCCAGACCAAAUGCAGUUGAAGAAGAUGAUGGUGUGAUCCUAACAUCUGUGAUAAAUGCAACACCGGGUGAACUAGGAUUUCUACUUGUACUUGAUGCAAAGACCUUUAAAGAGAUUGCUCGGGCACGCGUAAAAGCAGAACUGCACAUGGAUAUGCAUGGACACUUCAUCCCUCAGAGCAGUUAAAUUCAGUGUCUUAAAAAGUAAACAGUCCAAUACACUUGUAUAGUAGCCUACUAAAGAAACAUUGAUGACAUUUUGCAAUUUCUCUAUAUAAAAUGAAUUGCUGUGAUAUCACUUUAGCAACUUUUACUGUGAAUAUGUAAUCACUGUAAAUGAAUGAUUCUGAGCUAUUUUUAUAAAGCUUGUGUAGGCUUUAGCCUAAGAGUCUAAAUCCAGCAUUAAGAGGUGUGUUUCUGGUCAGAAAACUGAGCACUGCACAGGGACAACAUUUAUUAUGAGUACUGAACAGGGACAACAUUUAUUAUGAGUACUGAACAGGGACAACAUGAAGCUGACUGGCUGACGGGCAGACUAGCGCCAAAAAGCAGCCCUGGGAAUUUGUUGUCAAGUGGCCCCAGUUUGAUAUGCCAGAUUCAAACUGACACGUGUUGAUCAAUCGAUGAAUCAUUAAUUGAAAACACCAUCUGUUAUUGUUUGUGUUUGGUUACAAUACUGAAUCUGUGUUGGUUUUUGCUACCUCCUGUUGGUUUCUGCUUUUGUUUCAGUGCCAUGUUCACCUGUUUGUUUAGAUUGUACAGCAAGUUUUUAACAUACAUCAUUUUUACACUGGGCUAUUAAAUAGUAUAUGCCUUAUAGGCUAGUGCAAAAAAAAUUAUAUAGGCCUAAUCUAUAGAAAAUAGCAGCCCAUUCUCAUUAUUUCAUAACAGUGAUAGUUCAUCAAUUUAAAACAUUUACAUGUACAUUUUACUUAUUUACUGUCAAAGUCGAUGACCUUCGAUGAACUAAAUAGUUAAAUCAAACCUGCGGUCGGACUUUUUGAAACGCAUUGAAACACCAGUUUUAAAAGUUCCCGAACUUCCCAAUGGCCAAUUCGCGCCUGAAGGUGACUCAUUUAAUUAUGGGGGGAAAAGUGUGCUUACAUUUUUUAUGUUUUAUAAGUUGAUCAAACUGGUUCAGCAGUGUCUUCGCAGCGUGUGUGGUAAUAUACCUAUGCAAUGAAAUGCUUUUAUGUGUGUAGGUUAUAUUAUGGCCUAUUCUGUCCUUCCUCCAAUAAAAGAAAUAAACAGAGAUGCAUAGACCUA